UCCAAGUAAACAGGCUGGCUGGCGGGCCGUUCUCCGCGGUGCCGAAGCCCUUUGGCCGCAGCCCUCUCUGCACUCUUCCGCGGGAGCAAACCCCAACGCGCUCGGCGGGCUCCGAUCCCGAGCCAACCGACUUCGUUAGAGCGGGUCUGUUAAGCGCGUCUUUUUUUUAGCAAUUCCUGCUUCUGCGAAAGGGCCAGCGGCGCCCCGCGCGAGACGCCCCGAAUGUGGCUCUUGGCGCAGAUGCUGCGCAGCGCCACCCUCCUGCUCCCCUGGCUCUUGCUGGCGCUGCGCGCCUCUCCGCAGGCCCCAGAGCCCCCGGCUUGCGCGCCUCCCGCCACCGCCCAGCCCGGCCCGGCCGACCUUUCCGCUUCGCCGGGGAGGAGCCAGCCCGGCCCCGCCGAGCAGCACACAGCGCGCGCCGCCGCCGCCGGCCCCAUGGAGAUCCCGCCGAGCCACUUCCCGGCCUCCAGGGCCGCCGCCGUGGUGGGCAACUACGUCAACUUCCAGCACGGCGGGCCCAACAAGAUCUUCGCGGUGCGCAAAGUGAGCCGCGCCAGCCGGGAGGACAUUGCAGGUGUUGGGCAUAAAUACCGCCUUCAGUUUUCAAUGGCAGAAAUCCUUCAAAAAGAAAGCCUCAUGAACUGCACAGCUGAGAUUCUUUAUCAUCAAGGUGACCAGCAUGUUGCUCCAGAAGUGCACUACACAGUGGAAGGAGAGUUUGGGAAGAAUACAGAGCAAGUGGACAAUGAGUUCUACAGCAGGAUCAAGAAUCUGUCGGAAACACUGGAAGCACAAAAUAUUCCAGACAAUCACGGGAACAUGACUGCAGAAAUGGAGCCUGUGCGGAACCUAGCUCAAGUCGCCUGUGGAUACGUCAUAUGGCAGAAUUCAACCGAAGACACGUUGUACAACAUGAUACAAGUUGAAAGUGUCAAGCAAGUGGUGAAGGAAAUCAUAAAUGCACAUAAGAAUCCACAUUUGAAAAUAUUAAGUCACCCAAUUUGUUAUGAUUUGGGCUGCACAGCCAAACAUCAAAUGUUGCCUCUCGCAUGGUGAACACAACAUUACAAUGGAAAUCAUCCCUUGGCACAUGCAGGUUCUCUGGCACCCGCAGAAUGGCAUGAAAGUAAUACGGAAUAGCCGCCAGUCAAAACGCGCAGCACAAGAUUAGCAAAAUGCCUUCAAUGCUGCCAUCGGAGGUUGUUAAAAUAAUCUUCCACAUAUAGCUAGAAUAAGGGCUACGCCGCAGGCUGUCAGUCUCAGGAGCCCCUCAGUUCUAGCUAUACGAUCAGGACCAAAAGCAACACCCCCAGCCUUCCCCCCCUCGCCGGAGUGGAUACUUACGGUACCGUGGCCAUGAUGCUCUCUCUAAAGGCUACUUUGGGCUUUCCCAUAACACAAGGACAAGAAUAUUCUCUUUCCAUUCUCUAGAUAAAGGAAAACGCACAAAAAUGUACACUAAUUAAAACGUGUUGCCAAAGGGACAAAAUCUAGUGGUGAACAAAUCCACAUUUAUCUCAAAUGUUAUUUACAAUCAUAGGAAAAAAAAUGAAAGCAUUAAGUCUGAUUGUUCAGGUGUGUUCUCUCAUUUAAAAUAACUUCUUACGUAUAAUCCAGCAGUAAAGCCUCCCCCCAAAUAUCCCACCCUUGUAAACAGCUGUAUUUGUAUAAUUAUAGAAUAUAAAAUGCAGUUCUGACUCUGUAA